AUGGACGGUUAUUUGGAAGUUGCAAAACGGUGUGUGCAGGUGUUGAUCGAGGCUGUGUUCAAUGACCUCAAACCAGCCAUCAAGUCAUUACUCAGCAACAGCUGGUACACUGUCAAUGAAGAUGACGACCCCAUGAUACUGAUCGUGGCGACCUUCAAAGAUUACCUGGCCGACUAUCAAACAUGGUCGAUACUUUCCUGA